AUGAGGAGAGCCAUCGAGAACAUCACAGAGGCAGAGGAGAAAGACUCAAGAGGGCUCUGGGUCAGGGAAAAGGUCUUUGGGGAGGAGCGAAUAUCAUCUGAACAAGUCAAGUCUGAGACGCUCAGACAGCAGGAAGACAUCAUGGAGGUCACAGCGCUCUGCAGCCGACUGCGAAAUACCAGUGUGUGGUACCAGGCCUAUGAUUCAGACAGUGGAGUUUACUGGUGCGAGGAUGAGAAAGGAGAGAAGAGCAACUCUGUCAACAUCAAGGUCACUGGUGGCUCUGUGAUCCUGGAGAGUCCUGUGCUUCCUGUGAUGGAGGGAGAAUCUGUGACUCUGAGCUGCAGAAACAAGACGACCACUUCCUCCAUCCUGUCAGCUGAUUUCUAUAAAGAUGGCCGCCUCAUCAGGAGCAGCCAUACAGGAAUCAUCACCAUCCAACAUGUUGAUACAUCUGACAAAGGACUCUACAAGUGCAGUAUCUCUGAAGGUGGACAAUCACCAGAGAGCUGGCUGACUGUCAGAGCUGGCUCUGUGAUCCUGGAGAGUCCUCUCCUCCCUGUGAGAGACGGAGAAUCUGUGACUCUGAGCUGCAGAAACCAGAUCUCCAUCCUGUCAGCUGAUUACUACAAAGAUGGCCGCCUCAUCAGGAGCAGCUCCACAGAAACAUGAACAUCCGCAGAGUUUCUAAAUC